UUGGUACUGCUGUGACCGUGACAAAACUUUCGUUCGUUCGUUGAUGUGCAAGAGGAAAUGUGUGUUUUAUCGAAAACUUUUAAUUCCAAAUUGAUCAAAUUUUAAUUUAGUUUAAUUUACUGGUGUUUAACUACAACAAUUUUAUCAUCUUUGAUGAUUUUAAUGAUUUGUGAAACGAAAAUCUUGCGCUAAGGACUCUAGAAGAAAAUGUUUUUGUGCGCUAAGUUUCAUAAUGGCGGCCCGUCGCGUCCCCCGCGCCUCCAUUUCGAUGACAGUCAAAUUAUGACAAUGCCGAUACGCAAAGUUUAGAAAAUGUUGUGUAUUUGUAAAUAAUUUAGUGAAAGUUUAUAUCUGACUGUAACAUACGGACUAAACAUGAAUCAGGAACACCAUAAUAUGAAUACGGGUGGUGGCCAGCCUCCGGGAAGUUCGGAGUCACAGGGCCAAAGAGUUCAAGCUACACAGCAACAACAGCAGAAUAACUUGCCAGCCACGACAUCUGCCACUGAUUUACGAGUGAAUUCUGCCGCAGUGAACGUCGCUUUGUCUAGUGUCGCAAAAUAUUGGGUGUUUACAAAUUUAUUCCCUGGGCCAAUACCUCAAGUGUCUGUGUACGGAUUGCCUGCCGGUGCCCGGAUAGAGAAUGGAAAACCUGUACAGUGUUUUCAGGAUCUUGGGCAAGCUCAUGCCAGUAUACUGAAUGGUGAUCCAAAUAUUAUACUUGGGCAUCAUGCAGGCCAGUCUCAGGUCACAGUGUCAGCUCCAGGUGGACAACAGAUACCAGUCUCACAGAUUAUUGCCACACAGUCUGGGCAAACACAUGAAGCUCUGGUGGCCCAUAACCAGCAGCAGGCUGAGUUGGCAGCUGCCCAGGCACAGGCUCAAGCGCAGGCAUCCAACAGCAAUGCCCAAGUGUCAGUUAGUGCAGGGCAGGCCACUCAUCAGCAGGUACCCAAUAACCGGGUCGAAUUUGUUCAACACCAUAACAUUGAUAUGGUAAAUCAUGUGGGUCAUCAUUCACAACAACACAUAAUGCAACAGCAGCUGAUGGCCACAGCGCGACCAGAACACAGCAAUCAGCAGAUUCAACUGACGGUGAGCGAAGAUGGUAUAGUGACAGUGGUGGAGCCAGCAGGCACUAAAAUGGUUGACAAGGAGGAACUACAUGAGGCCAUCAAGAUGCCCAAUGACCAUACACUUACUGUACAUCAAUUACAGCAAAUUGUAGGACAACAGGUAAUAGACAGCGUAGUACGCAUAGAACAAGCGACGGGUGAGCCAGCGAAUAUCCUGGUCACCCACAACCCUGACGGUACGACCUCAAUAGAAGCCAGUGCAGCAGAUCCACUCAUCGUCAAAGACGAGAAGAGUGCCAACAAAAUAGAUCCAACACAAUUCGCUAUUCCAACUGAUAUAAAAGACAUUAAGGGAAUAGAUUUAAAGCAGAAUGUAGGAACAAUGGGUAUGGAAGGAGCAGUUGUGAAGAUAUCCGCCGGCGCAGCAGAACAUGACCUGCAUGCUAUGUACAAAGUUAAUGUAGAGGAUCUCUCACAACUACUAGCCUACCAUGAAGUUUUCGGCAAACUGAAUUCAGAAGGCCAACAGCAACAACAACAAGCUAAGGUGAUCAGUGAAGUUGAAGUGGAAGUGGAGGCGGGCACCAGUGCAGCUAUGUCAGAAGCGGAGUCCUCACCAGGCCAUCACUCAUGUGAUAUCUGCGGGAAAAUAUUCCAGUUCCGAUAUCAACUUAUUGUUCAUAGGCGUUAUCACGGCGAAAGUAAACCAUUCACGUGUCAAGUUUGCGGUUCAGCAUUUGCAAAUCCAGUUGAAUUAUCACGACAUGGAAAAUGCCAUCUUGCUGGAGAUCCAAACGAAAGGCACGCCAAAAGGAUGGCGCAGGAUAAGCCCUAUGCUUGCACAACUUGCCACAAAACAUUCUCUCGGAAAGAACAUUUAGACAACCACGUUCGGAGUCAUACUGGAGAAACUCCUUACAGAUGUGAAUUCUGCGCGAAAACUUUCACCCGCAAAGAGCACAUGGUCAACCACGUUCGUAAACAUACGGGCGAAACUCCGCAUCGAUGUGAUAUUUGCAAGAAGAGUUUCACCAGGAAAGAGCACUUUAUGAACCACGUUAUGUGGCACACAGGUGAAACGCCGCACCAUUGUACAAUAUGCGGCAAGAAGUAUACUAGGAAGGAGCAUUUAAUGAACCAUAUGCGAUCUCACACAAAUGAUACUCCGUUCCGAUGCGAACUGUGCGGCAAGUCGUUCACGAGAAAGGAACACUUCACCAAUCACAUAUUAUGGCAUACGGGAGAGACGCCGCAUCGCUGCGACUUCUGUUCAAAGACAUUUACUCGUAAAGAGCACUUGUUGAACCACGUCCGCCAACACACGGGCGAGUCGCCUCACCGAUGCAACUUUUGUAGCAAGUCCUUCACUCGCCGAGAACAUCUAGUAAACCACGUACGGCAGCACACCGGAGAAACGCCCUUCCAGUGUGGAUACUGCCCUAAAGCAUUCACAAGAAAAGAUCACCUUGUGAACCAUGUACGUCAGCACACUGGUGAAUCCCCCCACAAGUGCUCGUUCUGCACGAAGUCGUUCACCCGCAAGGAGCACUUGACGAACCAUGUGAGGCAGCAUACGGGCGAGUCCCCACACCGCUGCUCCUACUGCGCCAAGUCGUUCACGAGGAAGGAGCAUCUUACCAAUCACGUCAGACAGCACACGGGAGAAACGCCACACAAGUGUACGUACUGCCCGCGGGCCUUCGCGCGCAAGGAACACCUCAACAACCACAUUCGGCAACACACCGGCGUCACGCCGCACGCCUGCUCCUACUGCAGCAAGAGCUUCACCAGGAAAGAACACCUCGUUAACCACAUUCGGCAACACACGGGCGAGACUCCGUUCAAGUGUACGUACUGUUCAAAGUCGUUCUCUCGUAAGGAGCACCUCACGAACCACGUGAACCUUCACACGGGAGAGACGCCGCACAAAUGUCCAUUCUGCACAAAAACAUAUUCCAGGAAAGAACACCUGACAAACCAUGUGAGAAUUCACACUGGAGAGUCUCCACAUCGCUGCGACUUUUGCCAAAAGACGUUUACACGUAAGGAGCACCUGACUAACCACAUGAAACAGCACACUGGUGACUCCUCUCACUCCUGCAAGGUCUGCUCCAAGCAGUUCACUAGAAAAGAACAACUGGUUACACACAUGAGGUCCCACAGCUGUGGUGAACGUCCAUUCAGUUGCGGCGAAUGCGGCAAGUCUUUCCCAUUGAAAGGCAACUUAUUAUUCCAUGAACGGUCACAUAACAAGAACAAUGCAAAUGCUUCUAACAAACAGUACCGAUGUGAAAUCUGUUCUAAAGUUUUCCUCUGUAAAGGUCACUUAGUAUCACAUCGACUAACACAUCCUGAGUGGGUGGAGUCAAAUCCCGCCGAAACAUCUACUGAAACCGAAGACUGUAAUAAAGGCAACACAUGUAUCAAAGUGGAACCAGAAAGAACUGAAAGAAAACAUGAAGUCAGAGCUACAGUUGAAGCGAGACCAGCAGAGACAAAUGUUCCACAGACUCAACCAAAUACGCCUACUGUUAUGAUCACAAAUAAUCAACAAGUUCGCGCGCCCAGCGUAGGCGCAGUGAGCGCGGUGGGCGCGCCGAGCGCGGCGGGCGGCGCGGUGGGCGCCACGUACACGCACGCCGUGGGCGCCACGCACCACGCCGGGGCCACGCUGGCGCACCACCCCGUCACCGUCAACUACUAGCAUACGGCCCUCUCUCUGCCCACGCUCGAGGAAGCCACGCAGCAAUGUCUCUGACAGAGCUAACGCCGCCUAACCGCCAUUAGCUAGAGAUUACAGGACAGUGAGAGCCUAAAGACAAUGGACUGACAGUGCUUACUGAAUUUCUAAAGUUGUUGACGACUUUAUCAUACUUUAUUCUAAAUCCUUAUUAAGUUUGUUUCUUUCUUUUUCAUUUUUUGUAGAUAUUCUGGUGCAUAAUCAUUAUUAAUUUUACAGUUAAAUAGUGAUAGAAAGACUCCAAGGAUUAAAUUUGAGUAUGUUUUUGAAGUUAAUCACAUAUAUCAAGGAAUUAGUUAUACAUAAAUUAUAAUGUAAUUAUAUUUUGUACAUAAUAUAAAACUAGAGCCAUGUAAAGAUAAUGUUAUGUUAUUAAUAGUUCACAGUUCUAAUUAAAUAAAUGUAUGUAUACAGCCAUUAAUUAUAAAGAUUUCAAAGUAUAUUUAAACCCACUUGUUAAAAAUUCAAGCGCAGUUAAAUAUAGAUAAUUAUUAUUUUUUACCAUAGUUAAGCAAUUCUAUUUUCAGUCUGUUUUGUUUAUAUCAUUUUUCCAUACUCUAUGCACAUCUAAUUCUAAUCUGUUAGUUUUUAGUGGUUACCAUAUUAACAUUUUGUUUUUUUUUUUAUAUUUUUCUGAGCUAUUUGUGGCAGUAACUUUUAGUUGUUUUUUAAUUAUUUUUAAAGUUAACCAUCAAAUAUUGAAAAAAAUCACAUUCCGUUUUGAUUGAAUAUUAGAAAAUACACAUGAAAAAAUACUAAGUACCACACAGUACUUGUAUACUUAUUAAUUAUAUGGUUUUUAUCUUAAUACCUAAUUUCCCAAACGGAAUUUUAAUGCAAUCUCAUUUUAUGAAGAAAUAUAUUUUAUAAAUUAUUGUAAAAUGAGUUUCUCGAAUUACGAACAGGGACCAGAGAUCAAAGCGAGAGUGUAGAAUAAAUGCUAUAACCCUCUUGCGACUCCCAAGAUUAUACAAAAAAAAAGUUUUAUUUUGGUUGUAUAUACCAAUAGCUAAUUUUGAGUGGGCGAUAAUUUCCAAUGAAUAUCGCCUGUAUAAAUUGUGUCCAGCUUAGUAUAAAUAUUCUUUGCCAUGUACAGUACAAGUGUGAUAAAUCUGUUAUAACUUUAUAACAUUAUGUAUAGAGGUAAAUGUAUGUAAGUGGUGAUCGUAUCGCUUAGCUUAACUAUGCGCACGAGAAGUGGUGUUAUAAUCACUUCCGUGAUUAUUGUAAACACGCCGCUUGUAAUAAAAUAUUAUAAAUAAAAUAGCCUGUAUCUACGUGUACAUAAUUAGUUUUAAUCACAUAGUUGUAUCAAAUCUGUAGCAAAUUUAAGACUAAUAAAAUAUCAUUUAUGUUAGUAUUUGGCUGGAUUGAUAAAUCUUAUGGCAAGCUGAGAAAACGAUUCAGAAUCGUGUUAUAAUAGAAAGAUUUUCUUUAUAAGGUGCGAUGAAUCAUUGAGAUAGGUAAUUUAUAUAACAGCCAAAGGGUAACUUAUCUUCAAUGGUGCCACGCUAAUUUAUAUUUUAUAGGAAAAUUAAUUCCUUAGACACAAUAGUAUGUACUAAAAUCUAAAUUAUGUUCAGUAAUUUGAUAUGAAUGAGAUUAAAAAAUGAAACUAAA